UGCUGGGAUAGGUAUUGGGCUGUCCCCACCUCCAGCACAAUAAAAAGGCAUCUCCCUGUGUGCAGGCGAAUUAUCUUCUUACUCUGCUCAACACUCAACCUAACACAGCCAUGAGUUUUGUACCUGCACCCGGUUAUCAGCCUGCCUACAACCCCCCUGUCCCUUUCACUACUAUGAUAGCGGGUGGUCUCCGAGUUGGGAUGUCUGUAUAUAUUCAGGCUGUAGCGCCCAGCAGUGCGAACAGGUUCGCAGUAAAUUUCUCCACUGGUCAGUAUGAAGGUUCAGAUGUCGCCUUUCACCUAAACGCUCGUUAUGAUGGCCGUGACCGCACUGUCUUUAACUCAUCGGAGGGGGGUACUUGGGGUACAGAGGAGAUGAAAAAAGAAAUGCCCUUCAAGCUUGGGAAAGUCUUUUGGCUUCUUUAUGAGAUUACUCCAAACAACUAUCUGGUUUCAGUUAAUGGCUCCCCAUUCUAUGAGUUUGCCCACCGGCUACCUAUGGAGAGGGUUCAAUGGCUGCAGGUGACUGGGGACAUUACACUGCAGUCUGUGUGCAUCAUUGGAUGUGGACAAGGAGUUAAAGGAGCUAGUCUACAAAUGUCUGCUCCACAAAGUGGACUCCCGCCCAUGCUUGGACCACCUGCCUUGAACCCGUCUGUUCCUUACACUGCAGCUAUCCGUGGGGGGAUGAUACCAAAACGUACUGUGGUUAUAAAAGGGAUUGUGAACUCCAACGCUAAAAACUUUGGCAUUAACUUCAAGGUCAGCUUCUCCGGUGAAAUUCCUUUCCACAUCAAUCCUCGUAUCAACAAGUCUGCUUUGAUCAGGAACAGCUUUGUGAAUGGAACCUGGGGAACAGAGGAUAAGGAGCUAGCCACCAAAUUCCCCUUCAAACAAGGAGACUUCUUUGAUCUCUCCAUACGCAGUGGAGUACAAAAUUUCAAAGUCUUCAUCAACGGAUCCCACUGCUUCAACUUUGAGCAUCGUUACCCAAAUCUGCAGAAUAUUGACACAUUGGAAGUGAACGGCGACGUGAAGCUUUGCUAUGUUCAUUUCUAAGCCUCUAUAUUGUCCCAUAAUUCCUAGAGACGCUUUAGUCCAGAGCAGCCAUUUAAUAACAAAUGUUUUAUUAUCCAUCAUAUGUUUGUCUAAUGUAUUGACAGCCCACCCUAGAUCAGAACAUUCCUUCCUUGUAACCUGUCUUUUUAAAUACAUUUCCCUCUUAAUGCUCGAGUUUAUUAGCUAUACAAACCCUACUAUUUAAAAUUCUUCUUUCAUAUUACCCUGACCAUGAAAUCCCUGUAGACAUUUCAAUGAAAUUUUAAUUAAAAAAAAAGUUUUCCUAAUAAAAUGACACUGUUUCUUU